AUGGCUAGUGGAGGUUUGAUCCCAGGAAGCUUACCCAUAUUUGAUGGAAAGGGCUAUGAUGAUUGGUGUGUAAAGAUGGAGGCUAUUCUUGGAUUUCAAGAAAUUGAUGAGAUCGUGAAAGUGGGUUUCAAAGAACCACCCAAGAAUGCUGAUGAAGGAGCAAAGACAACAUAUAAGGAGAUGAAGAAGUUGGACUGCAAGGCUCGUGUAUUGGCGCAUCAAUGUAUUGGAGCCCCUAUCUUUCAGAAAAUUUCAAAAGUUGUUACAACAAAAGAGGUUUGGGAGAUAUUGCAAAAUGGGUAUGGAAAUUCUGGGAAAAUGAAGAAGGUGAAACUGCAAUCCUUGAGAAGGCAAUAUGAACUUCUCUCUAUAACAGAAAAGGAGACUGUGGCAGAGUAUUUUGACAGAUUACAGGUGAUCACCAAUACCAUGAGAGUGUGUGAUGAGAACAUAGAAGACUGUAGAAUUGUAGAGAAAGUUUUGAGGACUUUAACCCCACAGUUUGACCACGUUGUGGUGGCCAUAGAAGAGUCCAGGGAUCUUGAUGUUAUGACAAUAGAAGAACUGUAG